UACAAAAUGGCGGCGGAAGAGGGCAGUAUUCCUGUGUCUAACGGAAAAGAAUAUCAUUAUAAUAUCCUAUACAAUUACGAUUCCGGUCACCCAGAUGACAUUGAAAAGUCGCGAUUGAUAGCGGAGAGGAUCGCAGAUACACUGUCAUCUAUCGGGUUCCGUUCUUCGUACUAUUAUGACCGGGAUUGCCUCCCGGGGACGAAUGUGUUCGGGGAGUUGUUCCGGGUGGUUGAAAAGUCUGAGUACACAAUCGUCGUCCUCACCCCGGGGUUUGUCUCGGGCAGUUGGAAUCGAUAUACACAGCAGGCCUCCUUCAAGGAGCUUCUGGAGAGGGGCAGGUCUCAUCGCUUUCUGCCCUUGUGUUUUGGGCUGGAUCAGGCUAAUAUGCGAGUACCAAUAGAACUUGACACACAAGCAUCUCUGGAGUUUUCACCUGACUGGGAGAAUGACGCGGAAUCCUGGAUAAAGUUGAAGAGGGUGUUCACAGAAGAAAGGUCAGUUGCUGCAUCGGACGUGUACAGCAACCAGCGAAUCGGCGACCCUGUGCAAGAAACCAACCCACAGAGAGGCCACCAAGCUGAAAACCUUGGUUCCCCAACAACAACCUCUGAAUAUAACCCGAAUCAGAAUGAAGUUGAUGUCACGGGUGACCAGCCGUCUGAAGGAGGAUCCUCCUCAGAAGGGCAGUGGCAUAUCAUCUACUCACGCACACCCCUGCAGGACUCUGACCGUCAAGGUCAAGGACAAGGUGAUGUCACAGAGAGAGGAGGAACAGACGAAAGACUUCAAGAGACAAGUCUUGACCUUGAUGGUGAUAAUCAAGAUCAAGAUGAUUUUACAUGGAGAGCAGCUGACGAAAGACUUCCAGAAGCAAGUCUGGUCCACGAUGGUGAAUGUGAAGGUAAAAAUUUGUGGCACGCGUUUGCAAAACGUGUUUUCUUCAGCAUAGCAGAGAACCUAUUCGCGGUUGACUCGUUGAGUCGGAUACCUGGUGGACACAAUUGAUUUUAGUCAGGAAGAAGACGUGUGAGUGAGAUUAACGCCGCUCUAGGGAUUAUACCAGUCUUUUGGCGGCUGGGGAAUUGUAGAGAGCGUUUUACACAUGUACACAUGUAGGGAGCAGAAGAUGGACUUUUGGCGUGACUAACGAAAGCUUCAACCACCAUACUACUCAACCACUCAAUGGGGAAAAUAAGGCGUGUAUCCAAGUAUAUUUUUCUCCACAUUCGACUUCUGAUGAAAAGCUACCAAACCAGUUUUUCCCAGAAAGCCAUUUACAUUCUCAACUCAACGAAUCAUUCUGGACGUUGUUUGUUUAUAUUUACCCGCUUUGUUUUUUUAUAAGAAAUAAAAUAUUAAAUUACUUUAA